AUGUCGAAAUUUGCCAACUUUAUUUCAACCUUCAAAGGUCGUUUAUCAAGGCGAUCCGUUGCUCAGCCUGGCGACAGUACACCCCAGUCCUCAACAGAAGCUGUCGAUAAUCCAAAGAACGCAGUAACGGAUGUUGACACUAACCACACAGACUUUACAACCCAGUGCGGUGAGGGAGGAAUAGGCAAGCCGGAUGCGGAGACUCAGUGCGAAGACGGUUCCCGGCCUAAGACAUGUGAAACCGAGAGCAACACUGCACCCGACAAACACAGUACUAGCGAAUAUGUUGUAGAAGCUAAUGAGGAUAACGUAGAGCCAAAGCCUGACUCCAUGGACCAGACGGGAAUGAACGAAGGACAAAAAGCAAUGCAGACAUAG